AUGCAGAGAGCCCUCCGAGCCUCGGAUUCCGCCCUCGCCGCCAUCGGCAACACGCCCCUCGUGCGCCUCCGCCGCCUGGUGCCCCCCAACCACGCCGAGGUCUACCUGAAGCUCGAGUACACCAACCCGACCGGCUCCCACAAGGACCGCAUGGCGGCCGCCAUCAUCGAGCAGGCCGAGCUCAGGGGCGCCCUGAAACCCGGCGCGAAGGUCGUCGAGGCCACCGGCGGCAGCACGGGCUCGUCGCUGGCCUUCGUCUGCGCCGUCCGGGGCUACCGCUUCCAGCCCGCCUCCUCGGACGCCUUCGCCCCCGAGAAGCUCAGGACCAUGGCCGCCUUCGGCGCCUCCGUCGACGUCAUCCGGAGCCCCUCGGGACGCAUCACAGCCGACCUGAUCCCUGCCAUGAUCCGCCGCGCCCGCUCCGUCGCCGACGAGGACGGCGCCUACGCGACGGACCAGUUCAACAACGCCGACGCCCUGGUCGGCUACGAAGGCCUGGGCCGCGAGAUCCUCGCGCAGCUCCCUGAAGGCGUCGACGCCUUCUGCGCCGCCGUCGGCACGGCCGGCCUGGCCAUGGGCGUCUCGAGGGUCCUCAAGGCCGCGCGGCACGACACCCGCGUCGUCGUGCUGGAGCCGGCCUCGACGCCCGUCGUCACCGAGGGCCGCGCCGGUGCGCACGGCGUCGAGGGCAUCGGCAUCGGGUUUCUGCCACCGCUCUUGGACCGGGCGCUGUACGACGAGGCGAGGGCGGUAGAGGAGGAUGAGGCACGCGCCAUGUGUCGGCGGCUGGCCAGGGAGGAGGGCAUAUUUGCCGGGGUCUCGACCGGGUUGAACGCCGUUGCGGCGAUUCGGCUGGCCCGAGAGCUGGGGCCCGGGAAGAGAGUCGUGACGAUUGCGUGUGAUUCUGGUCUGAAGUACCUGAAUAGUGACUUGUUUCAUGGUCCCCAGUAG